UAAAUACCUGAUAUAAUUAUAUAUAUGUACUUUGAUAAGAAAUGUUACUAAUUAACUUACGCUGACAGAUUACGUGACAAAAUAAUAAUAUUGAAUUUACAAAAUCCAAAAAUGACCAAUAACAGCUAAAAGUUAUUUUACAUAUUAAUUAUUAUAAUUACUCACUAAUAUUUUACGUGAAUAAUAAUAAUGAAUUCGUCAUACAAUUCAUCAAUGAGCUCAAAUUCAAGUAUCGGCGAUACGACAAUUAAUUUGAAAAGUAAAUUAAUGAGCAUCAUCAGAAAAUCAAACACGAUAUUUGUAGGGGAAUAUUUAGAGCGGCGAUUGGUUAAGAAUCAUCCGUCAGCGAUAUACAAAGAUAUAGUUGUAGUCGAUAAAGAUGAAGAGAUCGUGGGAAUUUUGAAACAACUCUACGAUGUCGUACACAAAGAACUUAAUGGAGACAAAUCUCUCGGUAUUACUAGAACAAUUAUUGAUGAUGAAGUACAGGAUUACAAAUUAUGGGUUGACUUAGAGUCAAUUACAUUUGGCAAGUAUUGGUUCAGAAUAAAAUCAGUUAAAAUUUAUGACAAUACUGUACAGCUUCAAUUGAAAUCUCUUAAGUCAUUUCAUAAUUCAUCUAGAAGAUCAACUAUACAAGAAGAUUAUCAAGAAUUUGAUAUAAAUCAAAUCCUCACGUAUCACAAUUUAGUAGAAGCGACGAAAUUCAUCGCCGUAGUAUUGAUGAGUCUCAUAACCCUGCUCGCAAAUUUUCUCUACUACUUCGCUGACUUCAGUAUUAAAAUAACCCACGAGUUGUCUAAUCUGGUGAAAGCAUUGACACCAAUACUGUUUGGUCUCUAUGAUUUUUUAACUCGUUGCGUCGGUGGCCUGUACUGGCUCAUCUUCAUGUUGUUCUCAGGAACGACUGUAGCACCUCCUCCUAGACAACCGAUAGCUCUCAUGCCCAGCGUUCGCAGAUCCCGCGGUGGAUACGACAGCAGAAACGUCUACGAGCGUUACAAAUAAUUUUUAAAUAUUUUUAUUUUAUUUAAUCGCGUUCUUUGAAACCCAUCUCCAGCAUCCCAAUAUUUAUUUACUGUUUUACUUUACUUAAUACUUAAGGAUCGUGUAAAUAAAUAAUAAAAUUGUAUAUACGAGUAAUUGGUUUUUAUUUAAACAGGAAUGAUAAUUACAAUUUUUUAUUACACUCAUUUAAAUAUAUUUUUAAUGAGUUAUGUCUGAUUACACAUAAAUUUUGGUCAUAUUUAUUUUUUAAAGAAUUAUAUAUUCCUCUUAUUUAGUAACUCCAAUUACUC